AUGGUGUUGAUUAAACUAGAUAAUGAAACACUAGAAAGAAUUAACAAUUAUAAUACAUGCGAUAAAUUCACAAUUGCAGUUAACAAAGUAGAAAUUACCCUAAAUAAAUCUUUCGCAGUAGCCUCAUCAAAAAUGGUAUAUUCACAGUAUCUUUUAGAUAAAAGCAUUGAAAUGGUCGAUUCAAAUGCAGAUGUUAAAUCGGAAGAUACAUAUAAUGUAUUAAAAGAUAUUCUUCAAUACAGUAAAACAGAGAUCGAAUGUGAUAAAGUAGUAUUGAAAGAUCUUUUUCAUAUUGGACUCAAUCUCGAAAUGCGUAAAUUAUGUAAUCUUUACAAAAAAUACGUCAUUGAUGAAAUGGAACUUAACAAAAGUAACUGUAUUGAAUUACUUGAAUACUAUUUUGAUAUUUCAUCACAAACCGAUAUAUCAACAUGUAUUGAUUACAUUUCAUCACAUUUCUACGGGAUCAAUGAUGAUCAACUCAAAUCAAUUUCAACAAAACUUGGACUUGACAUUUUAAUUAGAAUAUUCAGUAAUAAAGAACUUGCGGUCAAAGAUGAAAAUUCUUUGGCAAGUUUUAUUAUUUCAUUAACUAAAGAAAACGAAAUAUUCCAUCCAUUGAUUGAAUUUAUUCACUUUGAGUUUUGUAGCAAACAAAUCAUUGACGAAAUACAAAAUUUAACUAAUACUGGUAAUUGCCUGAGCAUUGUCAAACCUCUCCAUGAUUCUUUGCUGAGAGCAAUAGCCCCAAAUACACUAAAUCCACGCUCCUUUGAUCCAGAAAAUCUAAGUUCAAUAAUUUCACAAUACAAAUUAUGUGAAAACUUCGAAAACAUUUACAAGUUCCUUGACAAAAUUUCCGAAAAUGGAAAUCAAGAUAUGAUGAUUCAAGCAUACAAAGCAGGAUUGACUAGUAAGACACAAAAUAAAUUUGCUCGAAAUGUCCUUCAUGUAGCAUCCAUGCGGGGAAAUCUCAGACUUGUUAAAUCACUCAUUGAAUGCGGUUGCGACAAAAACACGUUUGAUAAAUCUAAAUUUACUCCACUCAGUUUAGCAUCUGCUUAUGGGCACAUUGAAGUAGUUAAAUAUCUUUUUACUGUUGGGGCAGAUAAAGAAGGAAGUGAUGGUUUCGAUGACAAUAAAAACACCCCACUCAUUUGCGCAUCAACUUACAAUCAACUUGAAGUUGUUAAAUAUCUUAUUACAAUUGGUGCUAAUAAGAAAGCUAAGGAUGAAAAUGGGAAAACAUCACUUUUCAACGCUUUAAUUAAAGGUCAUACUGAUGUUGCCAAAUAUCUUAUUUCCAUUGGGGCAAAUAAAGAAGCAAAGAAUAACGAUGAUAUGACACCACUCAUGUAUGCAUCAUAUAAUGGAUAUCUUGACACAGUUAAAUAUCUUGCUACAUUUCAACCAGAUAUAGAAGCUAGAAAUUCACGCGGAUAUACGGCAUUCUUUUUGGCGAUUCAAAUGAGUCAUUUUGAUGUUGCUCAGUAUCUCAUUUCCAUUGGAGCUAAUAAAGAAGCUAAACUCUCUAAUGACGAAACUCCUCUUAUAUUUGCAUCAGAAAAUGGCAACAUUGAGGCGGUUAAAUAUCUUAUUUCCAUUGGGGCAAAUAAAGAAGCAAAAAAUUGUUAUGGCAAAACAGCACUCAUCAUUGCAGCAGAGAGUAGCCAGCUUGAAGUUGUCAAAUAUCUGAUCAGUAUUGGAGCUGAUAAAACAGCGAAAGGUGAAGUGAAAGCCUAUCUACAAACAAUCUAA